GUGCCAUGAACUCAGAUGACUUCACCUUUAAUCUACAAACUGGACUUUGCAUCACAAACUGAGGUCAUCUUUGUUCAAAAGCUCAGCUGUCUGCAAAUAAGUAUCAAAUAUUAUCCUGGCUCACUGAGGACUGGCAGCACAAAUUAUACUCUGGGAAUCGGGUGCAACAACAGUCAGAAAAUGUCUACCACUGCCUCUGUAUUCCUGGCACUUCUCUGCAUCCUGUUACUUCCAUCCACUUACUGUGGAGGCAGCAAGAUACUGGUGGUGCCUGUUGAUGGCAGCCACUGGGUCAACAUGAAAAUAAUCCUUGAAGAGCUUCACUCCAGAGGCCAUGAAAUUACAGUUCUACGCUCUGCCAAGAGUUGGUACAUCAACAGUAACUCCUCCAUUUAUACCUCCAUUAACGUUCCAAUGUUGGAGGAUGAGGCAGACAGAGACUUUUACAUUACAAUGAUCCAGGAUGUCAUGUAUCGACGAAGCUAUCCCAAUUUUAUACGCACAUUUUAUCAACAGUACUUGCUCACAUCUGCCUUAGCAGAUGGUCAUACGAUUCUGGCAAAGUCAGCCAGUAAAAUUUUGGAGGACGUUGUGCUAGUGAAGAGGUUACAGGAUACUAAAUUUGACAUAGUAUUGACAGACCCAGCACUUCCUUUAGGCGUGAUACUUGGUAGUUACCUCAAGCUGCCAAUGGUCUAUAAUGUCCGCUGGAUUAAUACAGGGGAAGGUCAUCUAAGUAUCGCUCCAUCUCCUGUCUCCUAUGUCCCUGCAUCUGGAAGUGAACUUCAUGAUCAAAUGGAUUUUCAGGAGAGGAUAAAGAAUAUGUUGCAUUAUCUCUACAGUGUUUAUGAACAGUACUUCAUCAUUAACCCAGCCUACUCAGAUCUCUUCCAGAAACACUUCCCUCCUGGGGCUGACUUGUUGUCUUUGGAGCUCUCAGCUGAUAUCUGGCUUUUCAGGGCAGAUUUUGUCUUUGAGUUCCCUCGACCCACCAUGCCCAAUAUGGUUUACAUAGGGGGCUUCCAGUGCAAGGAGGCCCAAACUCUGCCUGAUGAGUUGGAGGCAUUCAUGCAGAGCUCUGGAGAACAUGGUGUGGUGGUCAUGUCACUGGGAACAUUGGUGUCAGCUCUGCCUCAUGGGAUCACAGAAGACAUUGCUGCUGCUUUUGCUGAGCUCCCUCAGAAAGUGAUUUGGCGAUUUGACGGUGACAAACCUUCAUCUUUGGGCAAAAACACCAAGCUGGUGAAGUGGCUUCCCCAGAAUGAUCUCCUGGGACAUCCUAAGACUAAAGUUUUUGUAGCCCAUGGAGGAACCAAUGGCAUGUAUGAGGCCAUCCAUCAUGGUGUUCCUGUUCUCGGUUUGCCCCUCCUAUUUGAUCAAUUUGACAACUUACUCCGACUGAAAGUUCGCGGAGCAGCUAGGGUGGUGGAGGUCCGAUCACUGACCAAAGACAAUUUCCUGGAGGCUCUAAAGGACAUCUUGGAGAAUCCAUCUUACCGUGAAAACAGCCAACGUCUCUCUCAGCUCCACCGUGACCGACCAAUGUCUCCAAUGGACACAGCCAUCUUCUGGAUAGAGUACGUCAUCAGGAACAAAGGAGCCGCCUACCUGCAGUCAGCAGGUUUUGGUCUGCCUUGGUAUUCCUACUUCUGUCUGGAUGUAACUGUUUUUCUUUUAGCCAUAACUGGAGGCAUCAUUUAUGGCUCUGUCUUGGCCUGUAAAGCACUCUGCUGCAGGAAGUCUAGUAAGAAGAGAAAAGCAGAAUAACUCUGAGGAAAGUAGAGUAAUUCACCAAAGAAGUAACAACUUUAUAGCAGAAAUACAUGUAGUUUAACUAUAUCAUGUUUUAUGAAAACAUUUCUGCCUCAAACACAAACUUGUUUUUAAAUGUUAAGACUCUUAAACUACAAUUAAAAUGUAAUUUAGUCUCAUUUUUGGACACAGACAAAGUCUCAAGAUAGAAAUAAUUUAGCUGAACAUGUAUUGAGAAAGUAAAGCACAAGCAAUUACUCACCCAUAUAUACAUAUGUGCAGGUAAAUAUCUGGGUAUUACUUUUUAUAUGGGUAUUACAUGCUCCAGUUCCACUUGGGUUGCUAGGUGUUGGACUGGAUUCAGCUGGGGUUGCUAGGUAACAGCACAAUGUGACUUAACAAUCAGGAGGAUUUUGAAAUGGGUUUCUUUCUAGAGACCAAAAAUCCUAAACUUAUUGCCAAAAAACGAUUUGAUGUGUUUUAAGCACUUCGGUUGUCUUUGGAAGCUAACAUCCAUGGUUUUUCUUGUCUUCACUUUUGGGGUUACAACCAAUCAGUGUCAAGGAAAAUCAAUGCUGCUCUUGAGUUGGGUGCUUUGCAAAUGCCCUCCACAUCCUGUACUUUCUAUUUACUUAUUUUAUCUGGACGUCAGAACAGAAGACACAGAAUAGCACAUAGUGUUCAAAGGAGACAACUUGCUUUUUUCUGCCUCAUGCUCCGCUGUUCCUCUAGAAACAGGGAGAGGUAGCAACCUAUAAUCAAAUUUAUUGAAACUUAACUUAAAAUCAUAAAAUAAUGUUGUCAAGCAAAAUAUUUGUUCCAAAAAAAUAAAAAAAAUAUCAGUCAUAUAAAGUAACAAGAUUACCUUAGAAAGGUUUAUGGUAUGUCACACAAACCUUUGUGAUACCUUAAUUUAUACAAUGGACUUUGUCUUACAAGCUUGGAGCAUCUGUGUGUAAAAGCUGGGAUGAAUGCCAGUAAAUAGUACACUAGGUCCUUGACGACUAACAGCUCAAGCACAACUUUCAAAUCUGGUGAGCCAUUUCAUAAACUUUUACCUUAAAACAUCUAUUAACUUUUCUCUCAGCUUAAGUGUAAUAUGUGUUGAUUGUUAUCUUAUUUUGUGGUAAUCUUUGGUAUAUAAAACCUACAUUGGAAAAAUGUCUACUCCAUUUUUACUCAAUUAAUUAGGUUACAGAACCCUAAUUUAUAAUUAUGUCUUACGGAUUUUGUGAAUUAUUGGAAUAAUUAAAGAAAAUUGCUAACAGUGUAAAGGUUGUACAGACUAAUUUCAUAAUGUCACAUUAAUUUUUGAUUGUUUUAUUUUUUUGGUUUCUUCAAAUAUUCAAAUGGUAUAACACAUUACCAUAAAUAUUUUGGCAUUUCAUUUUGUCUUUGGGUUCCGUCGACACCACCAUGCCUAAUAUGGUUUACAUAGGGGGCUUCCAUGCAAGGAGGCCCAACCUCUGCCUGAUGAGUUCGAGGAAUUCAUGCAGAGCUCUGGGGAACACGGGGUGGUGGUCAUGUCACUGGGAACACUGGUGUCAGCUCUGCCUGAUGGAUCACAGAAGCCAUUGCUGGAUGUAAUAGUCUUUGUAUUGACCAUACCUGGAACCUCCAUUUGGGGUUUCAUGUUUGUCUGUAGGUUAGUUUGCUGUAAGAGCUUCAGCAAGAAGAUCAAACCAGAGUAAUUAAUCUAAUUACUUCAGUUUUUAUAAAUAUACAAUUUUGCUACAGGACUCUGCCUGUAGCUUAACCAAAAACAACAAGUGAAUAUAUCAACCUUUCUGCCUCAUAUUCAAUGUUGCAUUAAGACCAUAAAACUUAUCUAAACUGCAUUAAAAUGUUAAUUCUGGACAUAUGAAUUGAGAAAGCUAAAGAGCUUUUGCAGCUGAUCUGUUGCUGAAAUAAACAUAAGUGUUUUCUCCGUAUCCUUACUGGUCAAAUCUGAAAUUUUAAAUUCUAAAUGAUUACAAAAAAUGUAUUGUGAAAGAUUUUCUGUCCACAACUAAUUAAAGAUGUUGAAUUUAA